CCUCCGGGCAGCGCAAGGAAGAGAAGCGGAAAACCGUCCGGAGGCGCGUCAAUCGCAAAGCUGCUACACGUCGAUCACUGAGUCUACAGUCUGUAUCGAUUUCUGCUGCAGAGCACCAAAUCGAAGAGAUGCGCAAGUCGUUGGAGCCGGGCAUCAUGAGCCGGGUGGUGCCCCUGGAAAGAGUCGCUCAGGGACACAGCGAUGGCAACCUUGGCGCUAUGUCUUCUAGUGAAGGUCCACAAACUCCAGCGGAUCAGCCACCCGCCUCCGUGAACACGAAUGAACGACAGUCUGACGCGGAGUCACUAUCCGAUGUUAUUAUUAACAGGUGCGCGGAGGCCCCACAAGCAACAACUCGGACACGAUCCCAUAGAGCCCGUGGGGCAACUGGCAAGACAGGUCAAGCUGCUGCUAGACGCACCAUCCUUGAGGACGAAGAGUAGCGCGCAAAAGCUAUCGGGCAAAUACUCCACAAUGCAUCCGCGCCCUGCUACACCUCCUGCCAUCCGGGACUCGCAGCGCGAGACUCUCCAGCCGUCGCCGGCGCGCUUUUCGAGCGGGACGCUGACGUUCCCACCUUUGCCGCAAUCGAGGCAUGGAGGGAUAGUGCCACUCAGCACAACCUCUCGGUCGGAAGCCACAUCGGCGCAGUCCUCGAUGGUCGUCACACCGCUAGCAGGCUCGUCCCAUACGGCAAGCUCUCGGACUCUUCAAUCUCACGCAGAACAUUGGCGGGAGGGCACAAAUAUCAGCGCUGGGGUUCCAACGUCCAUGGCCGGUGUCUAUGACCUGUAUGAGAAGUACGCGAGCAAGCUCAAGGAUAUCGGACUGGAUUCGGAAGCCUUGAUCAGAUGCAUGAGGGGCUUGGUCCCGGAGAGCCGAAAAGACAAAUUGGAAGAGGAACUCCAAAGGCGCGGGGGAUUGACGGUUGUGGAGGCUAUGGUCUUGAUUUCAUGAUUGAGGGCCAGGCGGCAGGCCCCGUAGAGUGCAGGAUCUCACGAGCCCUGCUCGACAUAACAUUGUUGACGUUGGCAAUGCAGUCAAGUUUGACCGUCG